CGUACCGAAUUAAAGUGUGCCUCGCCAUCCAAUCGUAGAGCAAGUGUUUAUAGACCUGCAAAUAAGUGCAAUACUUCGUGAAGUUUCCAUGCGUUGUACCACUGAAUGGACAAUUACCUUAACGUAUCUAGUACAUCAAAUGAUGCUCAGUAAAGAAACUGGCCGCCGACGCCGAAGUUAGCACGAGUCAUGACGCGCUUCAGACAUAUCAGAGCGAACCCGAGCGCGGCACAGGCGUAUGAGUUGACUUCGAGCGCUGGCGGCGGUUGCGGCGACACGGCGGGCACGCUCGCCAACCACGGGCCGCAGCCGCCGCUUACCCUCGGCUCGCACUCCCCACAGGACCCUCGCAAGAGAAAAGGACCACACUUCAAUGCGAGUUCAGAAUUCGAGAUGUCGAGCUGCGACGCCUCUCUACCAACUCCUUCAGCCAUGCAACACACGGUUCCUGCAGGCACCACUCGCAGUAGGAAAACUUCGUCUUAUGGCACGGCAAGCGCUUACGAUGACGACGACGGGGACGACACCAGAUCCACACGCACAGCACCUGAUAAAAAGCAAAACCACAGCGAGAUUGAAAAGCGACGUCGAGAUAAAAUGAACACAUACAUUUUAGAGCUUAGUUCUAUGAUACCAAUGUGCGGGGCCAUGGCUCGAAAAUUGGACAAGUUGACCGUGCUCCGCAUGGCAGUGCAGCAUUUGCGUUCUGUGCGGGGCGCCCUCUCUGCGUGCCCUCUCACCGCUAGACCCCGGCCCUCUUUCCUCUCCGAGCGUGAACUGAACUCACUCAUCCUACAAGCGGCCCACGACUGCUUCCUUCUGGUCGUAGGCUGCGACAGAGGCAGAUUACUCUAUGUUUCAGCGUCAGUCAAGCGAAUGCUGCAUUAUGAUCAGUCUGAACUCCUGGGCCAGAGUCUGUUCGACAUCUUGCACCCAAAAGACGUCGCCAAAGUAAAAGAACAGCUAUCGUCGUCGGAUCUUAGUCCCCGGGAACGGCUCAUCGAUAUCAAGACGAUGAUGCCCGUAAAAGCGGACGUAGUAGCUGGUGCGUCUAGGUUGUGCCCGGGCGCACGCCGAUCUUUCUUUUGCCGCAUUAAGUGCAAGGCAUCACCUGAAGUAGCAGCAGUCAACACCGCAGCUACCCCAGUCAAGGAAGAGUCCGAACCGCAUGCUAAGCUGAGGAAGAAACAGCCGCAGGAAAAAAGAUACUGUGUUGUACAGUGUACAGGGUAUUUGAAAUCAUGGGCCCCUGCAGAGAUGUCAGAAGAGGGUGUAAACACAGCCGAUGGCGGCGAGGAAGGCGAUACAUGUAACCUGUCGUGUUUGGUGGCAGUGGGGCGUGCGCUAUCCGAUCUGGCGCCACAACCCACUGCACAACCCGUCGCAGCUGUCGGGCCCAUCACUAGGCACCUGCAAUACGUGUCCAGACACGCUACUGACGGAAAAUUCUUAUUCGUCGACCAGAGAGUGACGCUAGCACUAGGGUUCCUGCCGCAAGAACUACUAGGCACGAGCCUUUACGAGUACGUGAGUGGCCCUGACCUGGGUACUGUAGCGCGUACGCACAAGCAAGCACUACUGCGCAGGGACGCAAUGCAUACGCCGCCGUACGGGUUUCGUCGCAAGGAUGGCCUCAUCGCCAGGAUUCAGACGCAUUUUAAGCCUUUCAGGAAUCCGUGGACGAAGGACGUGGAGUGCUUGGUGGCGAACAAUACGAUCUUGACAGAUGCGCAUACGCCGCACACGCACGACGCAUCACUGGCCUCUUUCGAGAUGUUCAAGCAGAACACAUUGCCUUCGAUCGCACCGAGCCCCAGUGACUUUAGUGGAGUUUCAGACGCGGACCUGGAAAUGCAGCGGCUAAUCGACUCGCAAGUUGAGUCCCACAAAAUAGGAAGCGCUAUUGCAGAUGAAGCCCUAAGAAGAUCUUCUUCAGAAAUAUCACUUGACCUCCCGACUGAUCUGUUGCAAGAUGCUGUUUUCAAUCAACAGUCAACGCUUGUGGACAAUAUCCUCGGCGUAGACGCAGCCGGGUACAGCCAUGUGCGGAACAACGUCCCGCUCAGUGCUGCCGGCGGGCAGAGCUCGCCGCCGCUCGCCGGCAGCGGCGACACACUUGGCGCCGUCACCCCGCCGUCUGUCUCGCCGCCUCUCCCGCCGCUUGGGCUCGACGGCAACGGUGAAGCCGCCAUGGCCGUCAUCAUGAGCUUGCUAGAAGCAGACGCCGGUCUCGGGGGACCCGUUAACUUUUCUGGAUUGCCUUGGCCACUACCAUGACGUCUGGACUUGCCGUACCUUACUUAAAUUAUUUAGGAUUGGAUCUAACAGUAAAAAAACACUAAUUUUGUACCAGUAUCUAUCUAAUAAAUAUAUUUUUGAAUAUUUAUUGCAAAAAAUGCGCUGUUUUAGAAUUAAUAAUGAAUUAUAUGUACGUCACUACGGUCACUACGAAUUCCUUGGUUUGGCGGCAAUAUGCAUUCCUACUGCGUGGAUGUUACUGAGGUGUUUCUCUGUUAAUUUUAUUAUGGUACAUAUUAAAUAACUUGUAGAAUGCCUAGUCCCAAUUGUAAUUGAUAUGUGUAAAUGCAAGGCCUUUUUCUAGCUUAUUAUACAAGAUCACCUCAUUGAUGAUUUUUACUUGCUGUUUACUGUUUUAUUUAGAUACAUUACUUAUAUUAAUACAUUAGAAAAAUUGGGUUUAAACGAUGGGUCUGGUUUAGGCUAUCACAUAAGUGUAUAUAGGGUAAGUUGGAAUUUGUACGUUAAUAGUGCAAGAGGUUUAAGAGUAAUUGUUAUAGCCAUGUUUUCGAUUAACACUCGAGUUAUUUGUAAAUACAACAAUUGGUGGAAUCACUACCGCGUGCUAAGAACCUAGCACAUAGAAUUAUUAUACAUGCAUAAUUACUAUAGUUCUACAUGUGUUUUCGCUGUUGUGACGAUGUUUUAGCUUCUUAUAAAUAAGAGGCUUAGGAUUAGUUAUAAGUAUUUAUAAUGUUCAUUUUUGGUUCCAUUUAAUUUUCAAAAGAAUGCUCGUUUUAUAAAAGUGACCUUGUGACAUGCGACUGUUUUUGGCUUAAAUUUUAAUAUAAGUUUAAGAAUGAGUUUAUUAGGUCAAAUUAUAAUAUUUAGAAACAACUAAUCCGAUGGCAAGAAACGUCUUUUUUCGAAGUCUAUUAAAUAUAAUUUUAUGAAAUAGAUACAUAUAAUAAUUUUUAUAGACAAGUGUGCAAUGAAAUAAAUUCGUAUUAAGUAUUAUUUCUUUAUAUUUAAGUUAGUUAAAGUUCGUCUGUUAUCUAAAAGAGUUUAUUUAUUACUGUAGUACCGGUUUAAAUUAAGGUAACUGAUUUUAUAAAGUAGUCCGAUACAAAAGAAUACGCUGACGGGCAAUAUGCGGUGUGAACUGAACAAGGACAACUGUAAAAUUUGAAACAACCAGAGAUGGGUUAAAACCCAAACAACCCGCCCAGGUUUUAACCCAUUUCUGCCUAAAAUCGUAGACGGAGACAUACGCGUAAAAUAAUACGGAAUUUGGUAUAAUUCCAUACUUGUUGCAAAUUUCGAAGCAUAGAAUAUUUAUUAGACGAAACAGUCCUCCACUCCACACAACAACCACAUUGCUAUAAUCACGAUUAGAUUUUUAUGAAAAUCGAUUCUAGUGUAUACGAUAACAAGUCUUUGUAUCGAUGAAUUUCAAUGUGAUUUUCCAAUAGAAAGGCAAAAUAGGUAACCAAGCAAUAAACAUUUUGUAGUAAUAUCAUUACAUUUGAAGUAAACUCGAUUUACAAAUAUUUAGUUGGAAAUAGUUUUUGCCUUCGAAUUCGAGCGUUAAUGCGUUUCAACCCGGCUGCUUGCCUAUCUCUGGAAACAACACAAUAAUGUUGUGAUUUGUCAAUUACGACAUUUAAGUAUUCUGCACCUCUGACUAAAAUAGUCAUAAUAAAUGUAUUAUAUGUGUAGCUUGAGUCAAAAAUAAACCCUUCAAAUGAAGUUAUGACUGUAAUUUUACCCACUAAGCAACGCACC